AUGACGGAGCAGGCUCUCCUGACUACGCUGCUCCGACUCCUCUUCCUCGCCGCCGGGAUUGAGGCCAAGCCGGCGGGACUCAUGCUGUCGGACUCAAAGAAGCAACUCUACGUCAGCAUAGUGAACUUCCUUGCCAGCGAACUUUCCAAUACCGGCUACUCCGAGGACACAAUCGAAAGCCUUGAAGUCGCUAAACAGUGUUUGGAGAGCGCAUUCCAUCUUUCCGACGCACAGAAUGACAAGAUUGACAAUCUUCUCACAAUCUACGAGCGAGGUCUUAAGGCUUCCCUCUCAUCUCCUGCCCCAGCUCCAGCCGCCCAGACUGCAGCGGAAGUUAGUCCUGAAAAUAAGGCUGUAGCAGAAAGCCUCAAAACACAGGGUAACCACUGCAUGACGGAGGAGAAAUUCAACGAAGCAGUGACAUGCUACUCGAAGGCGAUUGAAUUGGAUCCACACAACGCCGUAUAUUUCUGUAAUCGGUGGGUUGUUUUUUUUUGA